UCCAGAAGCAGCCUGCCAGGCACCAGAACCAAAAAUGAAGACCCCAGCCCCUGGCCGCACCUGCUGCAUCGUGCUGGUCCUGCUCUCGCUGGCCGUCCUUCAGACCACCGGAGCCCAAAAGAAUGACAUUGACAUCUACAGCCUCACUGUGGACUCCAGGGUCUCAUCCCGAUUUGCCCACACAGUCGUCACCAGCCGGGUGGUCAACAAGGCCAGCACUGUGCAGGAGGUCACCUUCCAGAUGGAGCUGCCCAAGAAAGCCUUCAUCACCAACUUCUCCAUGAUCAUCGAUGGUGUGACCUACCCGGGUAACAUCAAGGAGAAGGCUGCAGCCCAAGAGCAGUACAGUGCGGCCGUGGCCAGGGGAGAGAGCGCCGGCCUCGUCAAGGCCACCGGGAGAAAGACAGAGCAGUUCCAGGUGUCGGUCAGCAUAGCUCCCACUUCCAAGGUCACCUUCGCGCUGGUGUAUGAGGAGCUGCUGCUGCGGCAUCUGGGAGCCUACGAGCUGCUGCUGAAGGUCCGGCCCCAGCAGCUGGUCAAGCACCUGCAGAUGGACAUUUACAUCUUCGAGACUCAGGGCAUCAGCUUUCUGGAGACAGAGAGCACCUUCAUGACCAACAAGCUGGCAGAGGCCCUCACCACCUCGCAGAACAAGACCAAGGCUCACAUCCGAUUCAGGCCGACGCUGUCCCAGCAGCAGAAGGCUCCAGGGCAGCAGGACACAGUCCUGGAUGGCGACUUCAUCGUCCGCUAUGAUGUGGACCGGCCCGUCUCCGGAGGUUCCAUUCAGAUCGAGAAUGGCUACUUUGUGCACUACUUUGCCCCUGAGCACCUGUCCACAAUACCCAAGAACGUGAUCUUUGUCAUUGACAAAAGCGGCUCCAUGUCGGGCAAGAAAAUCCAGCAGACUCGAGAAGCCCUCAUCAAGAUCCUGGGUGACCUCGGUUCCCAUGACCAGUUCAACCUCAUCAGCUUCAGCGGGGAAGCAACCCAGUGGAAACCACAGCUGGUGUCAGCCUCGGCUAGGAACGUGAAUGAGGCCAAGAACUACACCACCAACAUCCGGGCCCAGGGAGGGACCAAUAUAAACGAUGCGAUGCUGAUGGCCGUGCAGCUGCUGGAGAGAGCCAACCGGUGGGAGCUGCUGCCCGCCCGGAGCGUCACCCUCAUCAUCCUCCUCACCGACGGCGACCCCACUGUGGGGGAAACCAACCCCGCAAAGAUCCAGAAGAACGUGCGUGAAGCCAUCAAUGGCCAGCACAGCCUCUUCUGCCUGGGCUUCGGCUUCGACGUCAGCUACGCCUUCCUGGAGAAGAUGGCGCUGGACAACGGCGGCCUGGCCCGGCGCAUCUAUGAGGACUCGGACUCUGCCCUGCAGCUCCAGGACUUCUACCAGGAGGUGGCCAACCCACUGAUGACGUCAGUGGCCUUCGAGUACCCAAGGAACACCGUGGAGGCGGUCACACAGGACUCCUUCCAUCUGUUCUUCAAGGGCUCCGAGUUGGUAGUGGCUGGGAAGCUCCGGGACCAGAGCGUUGACAUGUUCUCAGCCAAAGUCAGGGGGCAGUUGCACACAGAGAACAUCACCUUCGUAAUGGAGUCCCGCAUGGCAGAGCAGGAGGAAGCGUUCCGGAGCCCCAAAUACAUCUUCCACAACUUCAUGGAGAGACUCUGGGCCUACCUGACCAUCCAGCAACUGCUAGAGCGAACGGUCUCCGCGUUACAUGCUGAGAAGCAGGCUCUUGAGGCUCGAGCUCUGAGCUUGUCACUCAACUACAGCUUUGUCACCCCCCUCACGUCCAUGGUGAUCACCAAACCCGAAGGUCAAGAGCAGUCUCAGGUGGCUGAGAAGCCCGUGGAAAAUGGUCGCACUCUCUCCAAACAUCAUUCCGUGGCAGACAGAGGACCCAGAACAGGAGCCGGAGUUCUCCAUACGGUGCACCACAGCCAAAAGACACUUGGAUCACUUGGACCUUUUCAUCCCCCUCUUGGUCAUCCAUUCCGCCACCCGAACAGGGUAUCAGUGCUACCAGACCUGAUGUUACCUGCUCCUGCACUAGUGCCUGUUUCAGUGCCACUUCCCUCAGUUCCUGACGCAGUGACUCACGACACGCAUUUAAGAAUCAAAGAAACAACCACUGCAGCCCCACGCGCUGGCCCCAUCCAGACUCCUUCCGUCAUCCUGCCGCUGCCUGGGCAGAGCGUGGACCGCCUCUGUGUGGAUCUCAGGCGCUCUCAGGGACUGAUGAACCUGCUCUCAGACCCUGGCCAAGGGGUUGAGGUGACUGGCCUCUAUGCGCCGGAGAAGGCCCGCUUCGUGUGGAUUGAGGUGACCUUCAAGAACCCCCAGCUGCGGGUCCACGCGUCCCCUGAGCACGUGGUAGUGGCUCGGCACCGAAGAAGCUCUGCGUACAAGUGGAAGGAGACGCUGUACUCGGUGAUGCCCGGCCUCAAGAUGACCAUGAACAAGGCAGGACUCCUGCUGCUCAGCAGCCCCGACAGAGUGACCAUCGGCCUGCUGUCCUGGGACGGCCCCGGGGAGGGCCUCCGGCUCCUUCUGCGGGACACCGACCACUUCUCCAGCAAUGUCACGGGGGCCCUCGGCCAGUUUUACCAGGAUGUGCUCUGGGAGCCCCCGGCAGCGGCAGGUGACAGCAAGCGGACACUGCAAGUGCAGGGGCGUCACUACUCUGCCACCAGAGAACGCAAGCUGGAUUACCAAGAGGGGCCCCCAGGAACAGAGAUUUCCUGCUGGUCCGUGGAGCUGUAGUUCUGAUGAAGGCAUUGCGCCCACCCCAUGGCUGCCACCCUGUGACCACAGGGCCACCUGUGGGUCCUGUAACAUCAUGGGGAGGGGUAUGUGUGCUCAUUAAAAUAAAGAGAUGUUGUGUGAGC